AUGGCUUCCAGGUCAACAAAUAUGCCAGAAGAAUUCAAUAUAUAUUAUCUUCUCAAGGGUGCCUUUCCCUGGCAGACUUCGGAGGAGUCUAUGGAUGUAUCCAGAGAUGACACAAACCCGCAAUACCAAGGACUUACCGGCCUGCGUAAUUUAGGCAACACAUGUUAUAUGAAUGCUGUAAUUCAGUGCCUUUGCAGUGUAUCCCCGUUGGUGGAAUAUUUCCUCUCUGGAAAAUAUAUAGCCUCGUUAGACAAGGAGAAUGGAGAGAUUGCAACAGCCUUCGCCUAUCUGAUGAAUGAUAUGUGGCUUGGGGACUUUGACUGCGUCUCUCCCGAGGUCUUUAGAUUGGUGAUCGGCGAGCGAUACCCUGCUUUCAUCAAGAAAACCCAGCAGGAUGCCCAAGAGUUUCUGAUAUAUGUCUUGAAUGAACUGCAUGAAGCUCUCAAAAAGACGAAUAAGAAAAAAAACCAGGGAAGCUCAUCAACUGCUUGGGAAUCCAGGAGUUGCCUUAGUGAUUGCUCCAUUAUCACCCGACUUUUUGAAGGACAUCUUAGCUAUGAUAUCAUGUGUUUGGAAUGUCAAACUACUACUUAUAAAACGGAGAUCUUCACUGUGCUAUCUCUACCGAUACCUUAUGAAUCGGAAUGCUCACUUGAGGAAUGCCUUGAUUGCUUCUUUCAGCAAGACGUGUUGACCUGGAACAACCAGAUCAACUGUUCCUGCUGUGGAAUAAAAACAGACGCGGCAGUGAAAGCCAGCAUAGCCAAGUCACCCAAGAUGGUCAUCUUCCACUUAAAGAGAUUUGAUUGUCAAGGCAGUUACAAAAAGAAACUUAAAACUGACAUCUACUAUCCUUUAAAUAACCUGGAUUUGUCUCCUUAUAUAUAUCCACUUUUUCGGAAAAACCCAAAAUACAACUUAUUUGCCGUAGUGAACCAUUUUGGAGAUCUGGACGGUGGCCAUUAUACUGCAUUCUGCAGACAUACUCUCAGCCAGAAUUGGUACAACUUUGACGAUUCCCAGAUCAACGAGAUCCCAGAAUCCUCCGUGCAAACAUCUGCCGCCUACCUUCUGUUUUAUAGCAGUCAAGCUUUCUCUGCUCCUGUAAAGAACCAAAAUGUCUAGGAGAACCAAGUGGUAGGUUCCAGGAGCCGCACUGAACUGGCCAAUGCUUUGGUUGUCGUUCAGGAACAACUGCAUUUCUCUGUGUCUUUGGAUUGUACUGAUGGAGUGACGUAGAAGCUGGCCCUUCCAAGCCACUUUCUUUCAGUGGAAAAGAAUGCUACUCGGCAAGCCUUAUGCAGAACGUGACACAACACCUGCAGUUAAAUAAACUCUUCUUGGACAGCCAGGGUUGAGUGUUCAUUAUCAUUGCACCAUCCACUGAGAACUAGAAGCCUCCUCCUCCUCCUCCUUAUAAUUCUGAACGGAUUAUACAUUGCUGAGUGAAGCUCAUAAACAUUCGGCAGUCUUCUGAUUAAAAGAAUAAUUGUGAACUAUUUAAUAAAUCGCAACCACAUCCUCUCAAAAGCAUUCCCUGAGUAAACAUUAGUUAAGAAAGGGUACCCCGUUCCAUAAUUCAUGCGUCUUUAAACGCAAUGUUCCAACAAUCUUGGGGCUCUGCCUUUGCUCUCAUCUAGUAUUUCCUGUUGUGGCCCGCCUGGCAGCAGAUUCAGACAGUGAGGAGGUUGAGGAGGAACAUCAGCCGGUCCUGGAGUCUGGGGAAGGCUUUGAUGAGGGCUCUGCGUUGGAGGCAGAGAGGGGACCAGGGCCAUCUGACAGUUAUCAGCUGCCUUCGGAGUCAGUCAUCAGUGAGGCGGAUGAACAGCUGGAGCCUGUUCCCAGUGUGCGCAUGUGCCGAGUUGCCAGAUGAAGGGAACAGCUAAAGAACAAGGGUCGACUUGGGAGUAAGACCACAGGUGGACGAUGAAUGGCCCCUCCCAGAGGGAAUAAAAGAGCGAAAGGGGAGUGGAGUUUGCAGGAGACAAUUAGUUUGCUUAAUUGGUUCGUGACUCUCAGAGACUCCUUGCCAAGUUUUGAAGAUAUUGGCCUGGCAGCUCUCCA